GCCCGCCGGGAGCGGCCUCGCCCCGUCAGGUCCGGUCCCGUCAGGUCCGGUCCCGGGUGCUCCUGACGCGGCUCUCGGGCGCUCUCGCCGUGCCGGCGGCAAUGAGGGCGCUGCCCCCGCGCUGGGCGGCCCUGGCUGUGCGAGCGGCGGGCGGGCAGUGGGCGCCGCCCGUGCCCCGCCGCGGUCGCAGCGGCCCCGGCCCGCCGCGGGAGUGGGCGCUGUCGGUGAGCCCGCGGGGGCGGCUGCGGGUGCGGCUGCCGUGCCAGGUGAGCGUCCGCCCGCUGGACCCGCAGCGCUGCCCGGGCGCGGACCGGGUGCUGGUGGCCGUAAGCGGCGGCAGCCCCGAGCGGGAGCGGGACCCGGUGCGGGUGGAGCACGACGAGGCGCUGGGGCAGGUGGCGAUCGUGGCGGACGGCGUGGACAGCAAGACCGCCGUGGACAUCCGGACGCCGGUGAUGUUCGAUUUGGAUAUCAAAACAUCAGGGACUGGCUGUGUGAAGAUUCAGAAAAUAGAAUGUGAUAACUGCAAAAUAGAAACAGAGAAGGGGACGAGUGUCUUGCAGUCAAUAAAGAGCCAUAAAAUUGAUAUAAGGACAAAUGGUGGCAAAGUAAUUGGUCUUGGAACACUUUAUGGCAACACAGAUAUUUGUGCAACAGAAAAGGGGAGUGUAAAUAUAGAGAAGCUGCAGGGGACAACCAUCAAUAUAUCCACUGAAGAUGGGCUGCUGAAAACUAAAUAUCUCUAUGCAGAAUCAGCAUCUCUCUCCUCAGAAUCUGGUGAUAUUAUGCUGGGAAGUGUUCAUGGUAAUACCAACCUUCAGACGAAAAGAGGGAGUAUCACAGUAGAUUCAUCAGAUGGAAGUCUAAAAGCUUCUACAUAUCAUGGGACAAUAGAUGUUUAUGUCAGUCAAUUAAGAAAAGUGGAUCUGAAAUCCCAGAAAGGUUCAAUUACAGUCAAGGUACCUGCAUCUCUCAAAGCCUAUUUAGAGCUGUCUGGAAGAAAAGUGGAUGUGAGCUCAGAGAUCCAGUUAAAAGAAACACAGAGUGCCUCCAAAGAUGAUCAUGUGACUCUAAGUGGUCACAUGAAUCAAAGGGAUGAAACAGACAAAUGGAUUAAGGCUGACACACAAAAUGGCAAAGUGUGUCUUAAAAGCCAAAGCUGGAUCCAGUCUGUCAAGCUGAAGAGUUCUUAAAGGUGAAAUAGGCCAAAGAGAUUAAAUCAAGAAACUACAAAGGAACAUUUCUGUAAAAUUAUGAAAAGUUUUGGAUGAAUAUUCUUAAUAUAAAAGAGAAACUAUUAAAAAUGAGAGAAUUUUAACCCAA